GAGGCUUGAGACGCAAAGCUCCGCCCCCGGCUGUCCUACACUGGGCUCCCAGCACUGAGUCUGCUGGCUGCUGUCUGGGCUGAGGGUCAGUGUUCAUUUGAAAACUUCACAAAGAUAGCAAUGGCAGGCAGCCUCUUCCAGUGUGAAGAUACUGAAAAGUGGUUGAAGGUGUCUAAUGUUUAUUGGGAUGUCGUAUCGGCAAAGGGAGUAAAACAGAAGAAACUCCUAGUGCUGGACAAGUGGUACCAGGAAGAGCUUCCUUCUUCUGUUGCAUCGCGCCCUCAGAAAUUCUUAUAUCUGGAAGAGCUGAUUAAACUAAUGGAGUGGAAAUUAUUGAGGGGCAAGUUCCGGCCUCGUCUGCAGCAGCUGGUGUCUACCAACCCAGCAGAGACUGUGGAGAGCUGUACUCGCAAGGCCUUUCAGCUUCUACCUGAUGUGUCUGGUGCCAUCAAUGAGCUCUGCCAGCUGAAGGCCAUUGGCCCUGCCACUGCUUCAGCCAUUCUGGCUGCUGGGUCCCCGGAGUUGACCGCAUUUAUGGCAGAUGAAGCUGUAGAGAGUAUUCCUGGUCUCGUCCCCAUACAGUACACCUUGAAACAUUAUCUGCGCUUCCUAGAGGCUUUAUGCCAAAAAGCCACAACGUUGGGCAAAGCGUCCGGCGAGACAUGGACCCCCCACCGUGUGGAGCUAUGCCUCUGGGUGUGGAAAGUGGCCCAGAAACUAUGUCCAGAUGUCUUGGAGUCCUUGGAAAAUGCUGAAAAUUAUGAAAGGCCGUCUAAGAAACUGAAAACCAAGUAAAUAGCAAGAAUGUGGAGGAGCCAUGGCUUUUCAUGUUCUGAGUUUACUGAGCGAGUCUAUAUUGGAUGCACCAUUGCCUUAAGAGGAAACCAAACCACUCAGCAGAAUCCACUUUGAACAAAACGUGGGAGUAGUUUGACAGGAUGGCCCUUUUCAAACACUGCCAUUACACACUGGGGGGGAAACAAAGAGUACAGUCUGAGUAACUGAAAAUGAGCACCUCGAAAAUUGGAGUGAAUGGUCACUUUUCCACCUGCUCUUCUUUAGCGAGGUAGAUGAGCGAUCUUAUGCAAUAAGGCAGUACACUGUUACCGGCUUAUUAUCAUACACUGGUACCGACUUAUUAUCAUACACUGUUACCGGCUUAUUAGAAUACACUGUUAACUUUCAGUGGGAGAGGAGGGG